AUGGACAACAUCUCGGAGAUUCUACAGACCAUUCAUAUUGGUGCAGUCGUUGCAACUUUUCUUUUCAAAAGUGGACGUAUUAGAAAAGCAGUGGACAUCUUUAACGAAUGUUUGGUGCUCCUUAACGGUAAAGCCCUAGAGACAAUCAAAGAACUUACCACACCACUUGUUAUCUAUGUAUACGAUAAACUUUUUGAUGGCUAUACUCUUAUCAAAGAUCACACCCGUGCGGUAGAAUGUGGUAAAAAGCUUCACGUGACACUACACAAUAGUGGCCGAAAAGAAGAAGAAGGGAUGAUAUUACUUAAAAUAGCGAACAUCUACUAUCAAAUAAGCAAAUACAAGGAAGCAAAACAGUUUUACGAGAAGGCACCCGGCAUCAUGAUUCAGGCUGGAAACAAUCGCGGAGUUGGAAUAUGUUACGGAAAUCUAGGAACUGUGUUUCAAUCUGUUGGUCAAUAUACCAAGGCUGAAGAAUACCUUCAAAAAGCGCUAAUGAUCAAGAAAGAAAUCGGUGACAAAAGGGGAGAAGCAACAGCUUACGGAAAUCUAGGAACAGUGUUUCUUUCUGUUGGUCAAUAUACCAAGGCUGAAGAAUACCUUCAAAAAGCACUAUUGAUCCACAAAGAAAUCGGUGACAAAGAAGGAGAAGCUACAUAUUACGGAAAUCUAGGAGCUGUGUUUCUUUUUGUUCGUCAAUAUACCAAGGCUGAAGAAUACCUUCAAAAAGCACUAGUGAUCAGCAACGAAAUCGGUGACAAAGAAGGAGAAGCUGCAGAUUACGAAAAUCUGGGAACAGUGUUUCUUUCUGUUGGUCAAUAUACCAAGGCUAAAGAAUACCUUCAAAAAGCAUUAGUGAUCAGGAAAGAAAUCGGUGACAGAAAAGGAGAAGCUGCAGAUUACGAAAAUCUAGGAACUGUCUUUAGAUCUGUUGGUCAAUAUACCAAGGCUGAAGAAUACCUUCAAAAAGCACUAGUGAUCAGGAAAGAAAUCGGUGACAAAAAAGGAGAAGCUAGAGAUUACGGAAAUCUAGGAACAGUGUUUCUUUCUGUUGGUCAAUAUACCAAGGCUGAAGAAUACCUUCAAAAAGCACUAGUGAUCAGGAAAGAAAUCGGUGACAGAAAAGGAGAAGCUGCAGAUUACGGAAAUCUAGGAACUGUCUUUAGAUCUGUUGGUCAAUAUACCAAGGCUGAAGAAUACCUUCAAAAAGCACUAGUGAUCAGCAAAGAAAUCGGUGACAAAGAAGGAGAAGCUACAGUUUACGGAAAUCUAGGAGCUGUGUUUCUUUCUGUUGGUCAAUAUACCAAGGCCGAAGAAUACCUUCAAAAAGCGCUAAUGAUCAAGAAAGAAAUCGGUGACAAAAGGGGAGAAGCAACAGCUUACGGAAAUCUAGGAACAGUGUUUCUUUCUGUUGGUCAAUAUACUAAGGCUGAAGAAUACCUUCAAAAAGCACUAGUGAUCAGGAAAGAAAUCGUUGACAAAAGGGGAGAAGCAACAGCUUACGGAAAUCUAGGAACUGUGUUUAAGUCUGUUGGUCAAUAUACCAAGGCUGAAGAAUACCUUCAAAAAGCACUAGUGAUCAGGAAAGAAAUCGGUGACAAAGCGGGAGAAGCUGCAGAUUACGGAAAUCUAGGAACUGUGUUUCAAUCUGUUGGUCAAUAUACCAAGGCUGAAGAAUACUUUCAAAAAGCACUAGUGAUCAAGAAAGAAAUCGGUGACAAAAGGGCAGAAGCAUCAGCUCACGGAAAUCUAGGAAGGGUGUUUCAAUCUGUUGGUCAAUAUACCAAGGCUGAAGAAUACCUUCAAAGAGCACUAGUGAUCAGGAAAGAAAUCGGUGACAAAGAAGGACAAGCUGCAGAUUACGGAAAUCUAGGAACUGUGUUUCUUUCUGUUGGUCAAUAUACCAAGGCUGAAGAUUACCUUCAAAAAGCACUAGUGAUCCACAAAGAAAUCGGUGACAAAGAGGGAGAAGCUGCAGAUUACGGAAAUCUAGGAACUGUGUUUCUUUCUGUUGGUCAAUAUACCAAGGCUGAAGAUUACCUUCAAAAAGCACUAGUGAUCAGGAAAGAAAUCGGUGACAAAGCGGGAGAAGCUGCAGAUUACGGAAAUCUAGGAACUGUGUUUCUUUCUGUUGGUCAAUAUAGCAAGGCUGAAGAAUACCUUCAAAAAGCACUAGUGAUCAAGAAAGAAAUCGGUGACAAAAAUGGCGUAGCAUCAGCUUACGGAAGUCUAGGAACUCUCUUUAGCUCUGUUGGUCAAUAUACCAAGGCUGAAGAUUACCUUCAAAAAGCACUAGUGAUCAGGAAAGAAAUCGGUGACAAAGCGGGAGAAGCUGCAGAUUACGGAAAUCUAGGAACUGUGUUUCUUUCUGUUGGUCAAUAUACCAAGGCUGAAGAAUAUCUUCAAAAAGCAGUAAUGAUCAGGAAAGAAAUCGGUCACAAAGAAGGAGUAGCAUCAGCUUACGGAAAUCUAGGAACUGUGUUUUGUUCUGUUGGUCAGUAUACCAAGGCUGAAGGAUACCUUCAAAAAGCGCUAAUGAUCAACAAAGAAAUCGGUGACAAAGCGGGAGAAGCAACAGCUUAUGGAAAUCUAGGAACUGUGUUUAAGUCUGUUGGUCAAUAUACCAAGGCUGAAGAAUACCUUCAAAAAGCACUAGUGAUCAGGAAAGAAAUCGGUGACAAAAAUGGCGUAGCAUCAGCUUACGGAAAUCUAGGAACUGUGUUUAGAUCUGUUGGUCAAUAUACCAAGGCUGAAGAAUACCUUCAAAAAGCACUAGUCAUCAUGAAAGAAAUCGGUGACAAAGCUGGUGUUGGAGCUUUAUACUUACAGCUUGGAGAACUUUUUCGAGAAUUUCAGCUUAAUGCGAAGAGUCAAGAAUUUGCUAAUAAAGCACUGGAGAUAAGUUACGAAAUAGGGGACAUUGAGACGCAGUUUAACAGCCACCUUACCAUUGCUUUAAACGCUUUAGUGGCAGGAGGAAUCACAACUGAGGUUCGGCGAAAUCUUUAUGAGAGCAUUCAGAAGUGCGAAGAAAUCCAUGACUUUUUAAGAGUGAAAGAUCAAUUCAAAAUUUCAUUUUUUGAUCAGCAUGUGUCCCCUUACCUUCUUCUUUGUCAGUUGUUGAUUGCUACAGGCAGUUAUUAUGAAGCUCUGUACGUUGCCGAGCUUGGACGAUCCAGAGCACUGACAGACGUAUUAUCGGAAAAGUACUCCGUGGAUAAAGGGGUAUCAGUCAACCCACAGUCAUGGAUUGGUAUUGAGAACAUCAUGAACAAAAAUGCACUUAGUUCUUGUCUUUAUGUUUCCUGCUUCGAUGAUAAUAUGUACUUUUGGAUCCUUAAGCCAAACAAAAUUAUAAAUUUUCGACAAAAGACACUCCAAGAAAGUGCAGAUAAAGUGUUUGGAAAUCAGACAUUUGGUGGCUCUCUUGAUUUACGUCAAGACCAAUGCGAAGAUCGAUCAUUGUUUUGUGUAAGCUCCCCACCAUCGUGCAAACCAUCUCUGAGUGACAGCUUCGAAUCUUUGCGUCUUAUAGAAGAAGAGGAAGACGAAAAUCACGACUCUAAACCUUUAACCCUUGCUGAUGGUUACAACAUGAUAUUCGCUCCUGUAGCUGACUUACUCCAAGAAUCAGAAAUCAUUAUUGUACCGGAUAACUUGUUGUAUCCAAUUCCUUUUGCUGCUCUAAUUGAUGAUAAUGGAAAGUAUUUAUCAGAUACUUUCAGGAUUCGUAUUGUCCCUUCCUUGACGACUCUUAAGUUGAUUCAGCUCAGUCCAGAAGACUACCAUAGCAAAGCCGGUGCGCUGAUCGUAGGAGAGCCAGACGUUAGUGAUGUAUGCUACCAAGGAAAACGUUUACAGUUAAACUCAUUGCCUUGGGCCAGAAAGGAAGCAGAGAUGAUUGGGCGACUCCUCGGUGUUCAACCGUUGCUUGGAAGGGAUGCAACUAAGCAGGCAGUCCUGAAAAGCAUGCAUUCAGUAAGUCUCAUUCACUUCGCUGCUCAUGGUUAUGCCGAACGUGGAGAAAUAGCUCUUUCCCCUAUAAGCUCCUGCGGAACUCCAAACGAAGAAGACUACUUAUUGACGAUGGCUGAAAUUUCACAAGUUCGACUAACAGCCAAACUGGUUGUCCUUAGCUGCUGUCAUAGUGCAAGUGGUCAGAUAAAGGCCGAGGGAGUUGUUGGAAUCGCUCGAGCAUUUCUAGCAUCGGGUGCACGCGCCGUGUUGGCGGCACUGUGGGCUGUAGAGGACGAAGCUACCAUGUGGUUUAUGAAUCGUUUUUACGAGCACCUUGUUCAUGGUGAAAGUGCAAGUGAAUCUCUUCACCAGGCCAUGAAGUCGAUGAGAGAGAAUCGCUUUUCGGACGUCAUGCAGUGGGCACCCUUUAUGCUGAUUGGAGAUGAUGUAGCAUUCAAAGGUUUGUAUUUGAUA